AUGGAGCCCAAUAAGGCGGCCAGUGGGCGCGGGAACUACGUGCGCCUCGGCAAGAACGCGGAGGUGAUCUACAACGAGGCCGAUGUAAUUGGCCGCGGUCAGUUUGGCAUUGUCUACCGCGGUCUCAUUCCCGCCUCCGGCACCGUCGUUGCCGUCAAGCUGCUGCAGAAUGUCCCUAUGGUGUUCACACCAACCUCGGAGCAUGCCAGUCAGCACUCACACCAUACCGACCGGCACGAAGGUAAGGGCAGCCAUCCCGCCGCGGCGUCCUCCACGGCACCGUCUUCCUCCUCAUUCGCCCCGCCAGCCAAGCCGAGGCUUCCGAGCUGCCCGUCAGAGCUGUCGAUUCUGUACGACAUGCGCGCCGACAACUGCCCUAACAUCUUGCACGUCAUUUCUACAUGGAACAAGGUGCUCAAGUCUCCCCCACAUGGUGAGGCAAGCAGCACGGUGGCCACCGCGACACCGCCUCCGUCGUCGUCUUCCUCUGGUGAGUGUCGCCCCUCUCGCAUGUUUGUCAUGGUGACAGAGUACUGCGAGGGCGGCGACCUGCAACAACUUAUGAAGGCCCGUGGUGGUGCCCUGCCCGCCCACGUUGCUCGCUCUUUCACCUACCAGCUCUGUAACGCCUUACUGACAUUGAAGCGGCGCCGCAUCGUUCACCGCGAUGUCAAGCCCGCAAACCUGCUGCUCACCUCGACGGACUGCGAGGUGGCGACGCUGAAACUGGCCGACUUUGGGAUGGCCAAGGCUGCUCCGGCACCGGAGAUGCGCAAGGCCGGUGCAGCCGGCGCCGGGAGUGGCAAAGGCGUCAGACAGGAGAUGCGUAGCGCGGAGGACGAGCAGGCCGACGCUUUCUCCCCGCUGUUCCACUCGGAGAUGGGGACACCGAUGUAUAUGUCGCCGGAGCGGCUUUCCCUGCAGCCAUACGACUACAAAGCGGAUGUGUACUCGGCUGGGAUGGUACUACUAGAGAUGAUGCGUGGAUUGUGUGUGCAGGUGAAGUGGGAGUCGCAGCUGCGCUCGGAGGUUCCGCGGACGAUCUGGCGGGAGCUACGGCAGUAUCCACCGGACCAAGUGCCUGCGUGGUUGGAGCUCGUACAGCGCAUGACCGCGGCGAACCCAGCUGAGCGGUACUCGGUGGAGGAUGUGCUGCGGCACUCGUGGUUUCACGCGAAGGUGGGGCCGCCGCUGCCACUUCUGACGUUCCCGCUGCCAGAGGCGUCGGAGAGCCGCAGCUCCGAACAGCCGCUGCAGACUCGACUACAGGCGGCUGCGACGUCCGCCGCUGGUUGCGCCGGUGACGGCAACCUGUCGGCCGCGCACGCAGAUAAGGUCCCCCUCGCUGCGGCAUCUCUUGGCGCACGCGGGGCUGAGAGUGCCGUGACGGCUCCCGGGGGGUCACACCGUCACGCCGACCCAACUGUGGGUACCGGGGGGAAGGCCCGCUCGGCUCCUGAGCCAUCGUUGUCGUCUUCGUCCUCUGGCGACGACAGCGAUGCAGGUGAAGCUACAUCACAGGCAGCCAAUGUAGAAGGCUCAUGCAAAAAGCACCGCAAGUCUCGCUCAGUGGUGCCUUCCAGGUGGACGGUGCUGGGUGUGUGCGCGGAAGUGGAUGCCGUCCACAAUGUCGCCCACGGCACCUACACUGGGGCACCGAAGCCGGCGCUCGGUGCCGUGGGCGGGUUGUCAGCAGCGACCGCCCUGUCAAGUGCGGCGAUGGCCGAGGCAUUUUCACUUCCACCUGGGUGUGGUCCUCACAUCAUCACUAAUGCCGUGCGCGCCUUCGUGGACGCGACUUACCUUUACGUACUCCAGGACGAGCUGAACGUGGUACGUGGUCUGACGCUGGUGUCGUACCUGAUGGAACUGAUGCAGAACGGCUACGCGGCAUAUUUGAAGUGUCUCGAGCACCUCGGCUGCAGCUGGCGCCACACGACAGUGAUGAAUAGCUGCAGUCUCCGCGGGCACCGGCUCGUGGUGCGCGAGGUAAGCGCGCUGUACGGUGUGUGGCGGCAGCUGAUGACACGUCUGCACAACGCACAGGCCGCCUACACGGCGCGGCUUCCAUCGCGGAUUUUAGACAGCGCCGUGGCGUGGCGACGGCGGCUGCUGGGAGCGUCGGCCACUACCGGUGACGACGCAGCGUGCGGCGACGACGGCGGCGAGGGGGCCCCAGCGGCGGUGACCGUGGAGGAGCCGAGGGACGCGGACGUGAGCGACGCCUCGAUGGCGUCGUUGGAGGGGGUCAUGAUGUCUGCAUUUCCCUCUGCCACACCUAUUUCCAAUGUCGCGGCGGAUGCAGAGGUGUCGACGGGGGUGGGGGUGCCACUGCUCGCUGCGCCUCCUGCGCCACCGAUGGCAGAGAGGCUGCGCGUCUCCUCCGUCUGCGCUCGCGCAGAGCAGAUCAUCUUUGACAAGGCAGUGGAGUACGUUCAGUCGGAGGCGCUGUCUGUGCUGAUGGACUCGGCACCGCCGCUACUGCCGCCCCCCCUAGCCGACGACUUGGAUCCGACGGACUGCCUAGAGGAGGAGGAGGCGACGGUGCGGGCGCACCACAGUCGUAUGAUGCCAUCCCCACCGCUGGCGUCGGAGCGCCACACCACGGUGGCUGACCGCAUCAUUUCUCCCCACCGCGGCGUAGCGCUGCUGCGCGUGCUACUGCGGCGCGCGGUGCUGACGAUCUCGGAGGUUGGCUUGGAGGCAGAGGGGCCUAGGCCGACGUGCAUGCCUCUCCCAGCGCUGUCGCCUCUACUUGCUCCUGCAACGGGCUACGG